AUGGGAUUUGAGAUCGUAGAGUUGCAGCAAGACGGAAUUAAACUCACAGAUGUCAAUACCGGAGAGGAACCGAUUGCUCUAUUGAUAGAUGCCGAUAUAGCUGGAAAAUUGUUAACAGGUAAACGCAAGGAACUUAAAUGUGGAGCUGUAGCGUUAGAAACAUUACUCGGAUGGACAUUAAUUGGAAGAAUAGAUAUCCAGCCGAAACAAAAAGAGAACACGACGCUUUUACUCGUAUCUAUGUUUACUCAAGAAAAGAACAUUGCUGAUUUAUGGAAACUGGAUACGCUAGGAAUUACAGAUCCUGUUGAACAAAAAACAAAAGACGCCCAUCAAGAAUAUGUGAAAGAGAACUUUCGGCAAACUAUUAAGGCCAAUACAGACGGCAGAUACGAGGUAUUGCUCCCAUGGAAAGAAGAUCACCCGUCGCUGGUUAACAACAAGAAUUUAGCGAUAAAACGACUCGAAUCUACUACCAAGAAACUUAAAGCUCAAGAACUAUACAAUGCAUAUCAAGAAGUAUUCGACGAUUGGUUAUUAGAGGGCAUCAUUGAAAAAGUUCCAGACGAAGAAAUAGACAAGGAUGCUUAUUACCUACCGCAUAGAGGCGUCAUCAAAGAGUCCAGCACCACGAAGAUAAGACCUGUGUUCGAUGCAUCUGCUAUUGGAGAAAAUUUGCAUUCACUAAAUCAUUGCUUGGAAACAGGUCCUAAUUUAAUUGAGCUAAUUCCGAGAAUUUUAUUACGUUUCAGAAGACGUAAGGUUGGAGUAACGGCAGACAUUCGGAAGGCCUUUCUGCAAAUAAGUGUUUCUCCAGAUAAUAGAGAUGUACUACGCUUCCUUUGGUGGAAGAAAACUCAGCCGGACAAAAUAGAAGAGGGAGAGUAUAUAGAGUAUCAUUUGGAGAGGAUAUUCGAACAAAUCGAGACACAAGAAGAAAAGGAUAUUGUUCGUCACUUAAAGAAGGCCUUCUACGUAGACAAUUGCGUUACCAGUGUUAAUUCAAGAAGUGAAGCCAUAGUUUUUGAGACGACUGCAAGGCAAUUCAUGGCAAAAGCUCAAAAAGUAUUCAAUCCCAUUGGUGUAUCUUCCCCAAUAUCUCUGAAGCCUAAGCUAUUAUUACAAAAACUUUGGUCACGUAAAAUUGGUUGGGACAACGAAGUACCAGAAGAUAUAAGGUCCGAGUUCAACAAGUGGCAACAACAACUCGAAUGGUUAAAAGAAUUGUGUAUUCCACGAUGGGCAUUUGCUCAUCCUAGCAAAGUCACGAGUGGCACCAAUAGUAAAGAUGACAAUCCCACGUUUGGAAUUACUUGCGCUACAAUAGGAGCUCGCUUAUGGCAUUCUAUAAAAGAUGCAGAAGAUUUUGAAGAGGUGGAAGUUCUCUUUUGGUCUGAUUCAGCUACAGUUUUAGCGUGGAUACAAAAUAACAGACCGUGGAACACUUUUAUAGAAAAUAGAGUGAAAGAGAUACGCUCGUCAACUGACCCAGGUCAAUGGCGUCAUAUACCUGGUUCGUUGAACCCCGCUGAUCUUCCAUCAAGAGGAUGUGAAGCUAAACAAUUGGUGGAAUCAAGAUGGUGGGAAGGCCCCACAUGGCUCAAGUUGUCUGCAGAUCAAUGGCCUUCUUCUAAAUACAGCGAGAACGAAGCGGAAAUUGUCAGCGAAAUUAAGAAAUUUACGUGCCAAAAUAGAAAAAAAGUUUCAUCAGACAACAUUUCAGAAAUUAACGCGCACAUAUCCAUCCAUCAAGAAGAAGCAAGAUGGUAUAUGAAGAGACAAUCUAGAUACUUAAGAAUAAUACGGACUAUCGCUUGGAUCCGUCGGUUUAUAACCAAUUCUCGAACUCAGCAAACAUCAAGAUUUACAGGAGAAUUGUCUACGAAAGAGUUUAUCGAUGCGGAGCUUACAGUCCUCAAGUUAACUCAAGAAGAAUCUUUCAAUAGGGUGAAUGAAUCACGACUUAACACUUUAGAUACAUACUAUGAUGAAAGAGGAUUACUGCGUCUAAAGUCAGCUGUUGUCAACCAAGUCGACGAGUAUAAUUUUAAAUACCCUAUUAUAUUGGAUCCAAAGCAUCCUAUGGUCAAGAAGCUAAUUGAGUAUACACAUCAACAACUUAAACAUGCAGUAACUCAAGUUGUGAUGAACAAUCUGAGAGAAACAUUUUGGAUACUCACAUGCAGAGCGGCUGUACGGUCUGUAAUAAAUAGUUGUUGGAUGUGCAGACGUUAUAAAGUCAAGAGAGCAGAAACCAUUCCCGGCUGUUUACCAAAGGAACGCGUAAAAGAAGCUAACGUUUUUGAAGUCUUAGGCAUUGACUACAUUGGACCUUUAUUUCUGAAGAAAGGAUAA